GUAUUUCGCCAGAGUAUUUGACUGAAGUGGCAAUUUGCGAGCGAGGUGACGUGUGAUGAACCAAAACAAGUCAGUGGAGUAGAAGUUAAAAUGUUUAUAAUUCCUUUAUGUGCGUGAGAGGUUUAAAGGUAGCAGUUUGUGUGCGGGGCGUGUCUCUGAUAAGCGAACUACUGUGGUGAGCUUAGCUUUGUUUUUCACCGUCUCCUUCUAAGUUGCUCGCCGGAACGCUUGUGUUUCUGGAUCAACUCUCAGCGUAUUAUUCUGUAAUUACAGUUUUAUGGUUCUAUAAUUUAACUGUGUUUGGUAGCUAUAAAGAACGCUAUCGCGCGUUUUUCAGUUGUACUUGACAGGCGUCGGACAGCUGCGGGAGUUCGUCUGUGCUCCCUCCAAAAACACCCGACCGGUAGUCACCCUUUAAAACUGAGUGACCCGAGGUUAAAGCGGUAGGUUAUGCGCGGGUCCUGUUUUUAGUAUCAUCGACCUACAGCGCGCAGAAAGCUUCUCAAACUCUACAGUCGAAGCUCUUUAUGUGAAUUCACGAACAUGGGUGAUCUAGUGGUGGAUCUACAUGGAAUAUUUGAAGAGAACGGCACAUCUACCGAUGGUGACUAUGACUAUCAAUAUCCAGGGGAUGAGUCUUUUGUGAAAAGAGGCAGUGAGGCAGUGUGGGUCCCUGCUCUGUACUCCAUAGUGUUUUUUGUUGGAAUCCUGGGAAAUAUUAUUCUCCUGACAGUUCUGGCUCAAAAGAGGAGACUGUGGAGCAUAUCGGACACGUUUAUUCUCCACCUGAGUAUCGCGGACAUCCUCCUCCUGUUGAUGCUGCCCUUCUGGGCUGCACAGACAAGUCAGCCUUGUGACUGGUCCUUCGGGAUUUUCAGCCAGAUCUUUGGAGUCAUUUUCAAGCUCAACUACUACUGUGGGAUCUUUCUGCUGUUUUGCAUCAGUCUUCAAAACUACCUCUCUGUCAUCCAUGGCAUCCAGUUGUAUUCCCACGAGAAGCCCUUCUUUGUUCACAUCAGCUGUCUGUCAGUCUGGCUUAUCUCUGUCGUCCUCACCAUACCUGACUGGAUUUUCCCAGGGGCUAAAAAGGACUCCACAGAAGAGAAAACAUGUGUUCACAUCUACCCUCAGUCUGGAACUGACUGGCAGUUGUGGUCACGCCUGCUCCACCACAUAUUUGGCUUGGUGCUACCUGCGUUCAUGCUGAUAAUCUUGUCAUAUAUGCUAUGGCGGCGGUGCAGCUCUAAUGCGGCCCGAAUGCAGAGAAAUAUCACCGUCAUCCUGUCUCUGGUGGGCGUAUUCUGUCUGUGUUGGAUGCCGUACAACUUCAUACUUGUUUUGGACACUGUCAGGAACAGACUUCAGAAACAUCCUAAUGAUUCACAUGAAAGUUCCGAAGGUUCACUAAAAACACUUCUUGUGGUCGCCUCUGCUCUAGGCUGCCUUCACGCCAGCCUGAGGCCUCUGCUGUAUCUCGGCCUGUGUGGAAACUUCAGGCAACACUUACUGGCCAUGCUGAGAUGUAAUAAAACUGAACCAAAAGCCUCACUUUGGGAUCUUGGUGUAGACCAGAGACAGCAGCCUGAUCACAGUCAGGUUCAGCAGGAAGAGCUGGAACAGAUGACGGUUGUAGAGAGUCAGUUAGCUCAGUGAAGAUGAACAGAGAAACAUGCUUUCUUGUGACUCAAAUGUGAGCAGAGCAACUUUACACUCCUGAGAGGAAGUAAAUUCAGUUUCAUGUCAUGAGGGGUGGAGGACUUGAUUCUGCAUAACUACCAAGCAGAUGUUUAUAUAUAAAAAAUGACUCUCACAUUCCGGACAUGCAUCAUGAUGACAUAUGCUCACCCAAAAGGGUUAAAGUAGAUACCUAUAUUUUAUUUUUUGAAUUAUUUAAAAUAAAAGUAUUUCGUUUUUUAUAAAUAGUAAAAAAUCUGUAUCAUAAUCGUUGAAAUUCAGUGUCAUUCAUGCAAGUUGUUAUCUUUGGCAGUGUUAUUGACAUCAUAUGUUAAGCAGUCCCAAACAGUUUAUAACUUUACCACCAUUAAAACCAUUCACUGUUUAAGCUUUCUCUAUCUGCUCUCUUUGAAGCAGUAAAUCCCGAGAUUGCGUAAUGACAUGUCAGUGUGUGAUUGCUUUGCAGUUAAGGAAUUUCCCCUCAGGCCAGUUUUACUUAAUUUACAAAAUCAUUGUUUCUGGGAAUGUACAAAUGUGACACAGGAAGAAAAAAAAAAAAGUGGUGAUGUCAUCAGUCAGGUGGCAGAGCACAACGGUGGAGGAGGGGUGCUGCACCCUUUUCAUAGCUUUCUAUUUACAGUCAUCUGAAGACGUGUCUGUUUGGUAGCAAGAACUGUGUGAGGCUUUGUGAAUAGAGCCGGCUGACAGAAAACCAGCAGACCAGUAUGUGGGAGAAGAACAGAAGUUAGAGAAGAUAAAAACUUAUUGUGAUGAUAGUAGUCUGUGUUGUGCUGCACACACACACACAAGCCUGUGGUUUUAUGCUUUCACACUGUUCAGCACAUCGUGACCUGCCAUGCUUGCCUGGUUUCAAAUCCUAACAAUCUUGAGAAAUGUAACUAUUUCCAGAAAUAAAUGUACUUUCAGUACUGAGUGUUCUUCUGAAAACUCGCUGUACAGUAAUUUCACACUCUGAAAUAUUCAGUUUCCUUGUUUCAAUGCACUCCUUCCUCUGUUUAGUGUUUUGUGACUCUAGAGAGGCUGUAAGAGUGCAUGAUGCAAUAAAAGAAAUGGUGGUUGUCGAAAGCAGGAGAAACAUUCUUCAUGUUUAAGAUGUGGUUUACAGUUUUCAGCUGCACCUCAAGCAUUAUUUCCUGCUUCAGCUUAUCUGGCAACUAAGAUAGAGAAAACCAUCUAAUCAGGUCUUUUCUUUAAUGAGUAACAAAUCUGGUAUCAGCAUCAACAUAAUCUUUGGGAAUAGAGUCCAAAAGAGAAAGAGAAACUCUUUGUAUACAACUUGAUAAAAUGUAAGCGCACUUAGCAAAAAUACUAAAUGAUUAACACAUAUCCAGGGCUAGUUGACCCUGUUUGGCUGUGUUUGCAGACAGUGUCUUUAAAUGUGUUUAAUCCACCAUACUCUGUUGCUUUAAGACUGAAAUGUUUAUAGUGUAGACAUAAUGACUGUGGUUGGGAUGAUCUUUGCACUGCUGCCAUCAGCCUGCUGUUGUCACAUAUUUGCCUUUCACGUAAAUUAUGAAAACAAAAGCAGUCAUGUCAUUGUCCACAUGUUUGUCUGAAUGUCGGUCAUGUGCAUGUCAGUUGAUUUGGAGAAGUGAGUCACAUGUGACAUUAUAUCUCAUUGUUUCCAUCUGUUACGUAAGAUCCCUGUCACCGAGCCAGUGUGUCUACCGUUCAUUUUUAUGGUUUCAGUUUCCAGUUAAAGACAUGUAAGCUGUUUUUACAGAAACUGUUGCAUGUGAGUUAAAAUUUUUCUGUAUCAUUCUUA